AUGUUCGCCCCUUCGCCUGCCGUUCGCCCUUUCACCGGCGCCGUCGCUCGUUGCGCCGCAACUGCCCCUUCUGACGCCAGUGAGCGCGAGUCCGGGAAGAAGCGUCCUCGUGUCGGCGUCGCGCCGGCACGAGACUCGUCGGCUUGCCUCACCAAGAUGAUCCGUAACGGCAACAGCGUCGUGACCGCCGCCGGCAUGGAGGUCUUAACCGUCGGCGGCAAGAUGUCAUCCCAGGAGCCCCUACGGAAGCGCCUGGCGUCUGAGCUCGAUGCCUUGCGCGGUCUCCUAAAGAAAGCAGAGCUUAUAUCCCAGCGUGGUGCAUGCAAGGGCAGUGCGCCAACUGCCGGCAAGAAAGAUCGAUUCUUGGCCUCCAACCAGCGAGCGAAGCCAAUCGAUGAAGAUUUCAAUGCGCCUUCGGUGAAGAAGAGGAAGAUUUCAACUCUGGUGGAGCAGAAGCAGAAGCAGAAGCAGAUACCGGCGCCACGGAUGUCGCAAGAAGAGAGGAAUCAGCUUGCUUGUCGCCUGUCCUCGCUUUCUGGGGAACUGCCGGGGAACAUUGUUGAGUUCUUGCAGAAGCAGUUCGGCGAUGCGGAUAGCCAUGGUGAGAUCGAGAUAAACAUUGGCUCUGUGGAAGACUCCGUGCUGUUCGAGUUGAAGACGCGGCUCGACAAGUUCGCCGAGGAGAGCAAGGACCACAAGCUCGCCGUGGAGAGCAAAGGCGAAGUCGUUCUGGAGCAGGAGGACGAAGAGUACAUCGACAUCUGCGGCCUGUCGCCCAUCGUCGAAACCGGCAAGGGGCCGAGCUCAAGCAGCAGCGGUGAUUCAGACUCGGACAGCGACUCUGCUAGUGAAAGCGACUCCGACGGCGACGAGUGUGUUGACCGCCCAGCUCAAGUUCCUCCCGAGCAGAUCAUUGCCACGUCUGCGCAGCCACCGUCGGAGCCGGCACAAGUGGUGCAGCAGAGUACCGAAGCAAAGAAGGUCCAAGGCGUCCAGCGUACCGCGCCCAAGGCUGUCUACAUGCUCGGUCUGCUCUACAGGGCGAACCUUCGCCGACAACUGUUGGAGAUGGAGAGGACGGCGCUGCCCGACGAGCGCAUCCACCCGCGAGACCUGCAGCGUCUCGGCAUCGCGGAGUAUGGCCAUCCCAGCCUCAUGCGGCAGCUCGGGCUCGUCCUCAAGGUCGACGCGUAG